AUGGAUUCUAUGAGAAGUUUGAAUACGUCUCUUCCACGUACCUCGCCGCCAAAGCAGCAGAUGGGUGAUCCACCCGAACAGCUUCUACAGGCUUUCAAGGCAGCCGCUCUGUCGGUCACCACGCUCUAUAAGACAGCCGCGACAGACCAAAGCAAGGCCAGGGCCGAUGGCUAUCAAGAUGCUCUUGACGAGCUUCUUACGUUUCUAGAUAAGGAGGACAUUGGCUUAAGUGAUGGGGAGGGUUGGAGAAUUCGACGAUGGGCCACUGAAAGACUGGAUGGGAGAGAUUCGGUGUCUCAGAACCCCGAAAGUGACGACGAAGCACCAGAGAAAGCCGACGGUGGAUCGUCGCCAGUUCUCCAAAGAUCGCAAAGUGCAACUCGACUUCAACCAAACCCAAGGACGUCGAGGGCUAUGUCUCCUGUACGAGCGGAGCCAACGGCGCAACCCGCUGUCCCCGCACCCGACCCGGUAGAUACAACUCCAGUCUCGACGCCCCAACAAAGCACCUUUACAUUCCGCUCAUCUCAUCCCUACCCACAAGAUGCCGACAUAAUACUCUCCGAUCUCGACAUAUCGGACAAUGCCCGCACACAAAACCAUGAUGGAGCUCCACAGACGGCGAACCCCCCGGGCAUUACCAUUACCCUGCCCCCUCGAUCAAAUCCCAGGCAUGGCAACCAUUCCACACGAAGUAGCACGAGAACACAAAAUGCGAUAGGGCGUGGUGCGGGUCAGAAGAGAAAGAUUAAUAUUGGGGAAUUUUUCGAUAUUGGAAACUUAGGGCACGGGAGGGAUGGACCUGGCGGAGGUGGCAAGCGUGGAAGAUUUACAUAA